AGUUUGCUAGCGGCUGGCGCGGAGCCGGCGCCGACCCCGAUCGCAGCACGGCGGAGACGAGUGGCUGCCAGCUCCCAGACCUGAGCGAGCUCGAGGACCGCGAGACGCCCAGCCCUAGCCCGAGCGACAGAGCACAGGCCACUGGAGGACCCCAGCAGCUCUGAGGUGGGGACCAGACAUAGUGGCCUGAGGAGGGGUGUACACACCCCAAGGACCCAGACGUGCGACCCCUGCCAGAUGUGGGGGGUGGCUACCCAAGGGCAUGCUUCGCACCCAGCUCCACAGUCCCCACCUGCUGUUGCUGCUGCUGUCAUGUCUGCCGAAAGCACCCUCUGCCCAGGUGAUGGACUUCUUGUUCGAGAAGUGGAAGCUUUACGGUGACCAAUGCCACCGCAACCUGAGCCUGUUGCCCCCACCCACCGAGCUAGUUUGUAACAGAACCUUCGACAAGUACUCCUGCUGGCCUGACACCCCACCCAAUACCACAGCUAACAUCUCCUGCCCCUGGUACCUACCUUGGUACCACAAAGUGCAGCACCGCCUGGUGUUCAAGAGGUGUGGGCCUGACGGGCAGUGGGUGCGAGGGCCGCGGGGGCAGCCAUGGCGCAACGCCUCCCAGUGCCAGAUGGACGACGAAGAGAUCAAGGUCCAGAAGGAAGAGGCCAAGAUGUAUAGCAGCUACCAGGUGAUGUACACUGUGGGCUACAGCCUGUCCCUGGGGGCUCUGCUCCUUGCCCUGGUCAUCCUGCUGGGCCUCAGGAAGCUGCACUGCACCCGAAACUACAUCCACGGGAACCUGUUUGCUUCCUUUGUGCUCAAGGCUGGCUCUGUGCUGGUCAUUGAUUGGCUGCUCAGGACACGCUACAGCCAGAAGAUUGGAGAUGACCUCAGCGUGAGCGUCUGGCUCAGCGAUGGGGCGGUGGCUGGCUGCCGAGUGGCCACGGUGAUCAUGCAGUACGGCAUCAUAGCCAACUAUUGCUGGCUGUUGGUAGAGGGUGUGUACCUGUACAGCCUGCUGAGCCUCGCCACCUUCCAAGAGAAGAGCUUCUUUUCCCUCUACCUGAGCAUUGGCUGGGCUGCUGUCCCCACAGGAGCACCCCUGCUGUUUGUCAUCCCCUGGGUGGUGGUCAAGUGUCUGUUUGAGAAUGUCCAGUGCUGGACCAGCAAUGACAACAUGGGCUUCUGGUGGAUCUUGCGUAUCCCUGUCUUCCUGGCCAUAUUGAUCAAUUUCUUCAUCUUUGUCCACAUCAUUCACCUUCUUGUGGCCAAGCUGCAUGCCCGGCAGAUGCACUACGCUGACUACAAGUUCCGGCUAGCCAGGUCCACGCUGACCCUCAUCCCUCUGCUGGGGGUCCAUGAGGUGGUCUUUGCCUUUGUGACUGACGAGCACGCCCAGGGCACCCUCCGCUCCACCAAGCUCUUUUUUGACCUCUUCUUCAGUUCCUUCCAGGGUCUGCUGGUGGCUGUCCUCUACUGUUUCCUCAACAAGGAGGUGCAGGCAGAGCUACUGCGGCGUUGGAGGCGAUGGCGAGAAGGCAAAGCCCUUAAGGAGGAACAGAUGGCUGGCUGCCGUGGCAACCACACGGCCCCAGCCGAGACUAAUCAUGGUGAACCCGGUGAGAAACUUCAGCUUGUGAGUGCAGGCAGCCACAAUGGGACUGAACCCUCUGUGAAGACCUCCUUUGCCAGCAGUCUCUCAGGGCUGACUGACAGCCCCACCUGAAGCCCCAUGGGAGCCCAGCCAGGCUGGAUUCAGAAAGGGCCUUAAGGACAGCUCAGAACCAGAUGCCUGGCCGAGGCUGGAGAGACAACGCAGCCAGACAACAGCUUGCGCUGUCCACACUCCCUCAGCCUGUCCUGACCCUGGCAUAGGCCACACUGAUGGAGUGGGGGUUGAUAUGAUGGAGGAGUUAUGCUAUGAACUGUGGUGUUCCGGUGUGCUGGCAUGUCCCAUGUGCCCAAUGUAUGUCCUUCAAUAAACAGGUCGAGUAGUA